AUUUAAUGCUCCUCAGCCAUUGCUCCAUCAUCCGUUUAUCGCAUUCAUCUGUUGCAUGAUAGGGAGCGAGGAAGUUCUUCGCGCGAGAAGCGGGGCUCUGCUGGAACAUGAAUGUGAAGGCACUGAAAAGUACCCAAAGAAACACAGGAAGAUGCAGCCGGUAUCAUAGAUGGUAGCAGAACAGAGAGUAUAAAGUAGAAAACAAGAGCUAAUAAUUAUAGAAAAUAUGGGAGACAUUACUAUUGACGCAGAGGAGAAAGCAGGCACGUACCCGUUGCCAAACAUAGAGUACUUAAACUUCAACAAGUCGUUGAUUGAAGGAGUGCACAACGACCUCCCAAACCCAUACUACAAGCAGCAGGCGUACAUCGCCAAUGAGCGUAGUGACUAUGCACAUCCUACAGAAAAUAUCAUCCGUUCGAUCAUCCGGGAGUACGGACCGUUUAGUGAAUUGACCGAGGAGAAGCUAGAGAAUCUUAUUGAGAAGGAUGCUGCCGCAAUGGAUGUGGACGGCGGCAAUGAAGAUAGUAGUGGUAACGGUGUCGGUAGAAGUGAAGUUUUGGAAAUUUCUCCUUCUGCCGGUAUGGAGAAGGAGGUGGAGUUCUACAAAGCGAGAGAUGAGAUAUUGACGUGUGUGCGAGAGGCAUUGGGUUCUUCUACUCUCACCCUUGACUUUGUGUCUCUCCUCUUGUCCUCUGUUCGGCCAGCUGCGGGUUCGUCGUCAAUGUCGCCUCAUUUGAAAGAGAGCAUCAAAAUUGGAUCUCUCUCUUGCGACCGUAUUGUGCCCAACAUCGCUGACCCAGAUGAGAAGCGGAGACAACAUAACAUAGAGUCAAUGACGCUUGGUCGCGGUUUGAAGCUCCAGAGCUUGCAGAAGUCUGCCAGUUUGAUCAAGGAUUCCGUUCAGCAAUUGAAAAAGAAUUUGGAUGACGAAAACACGUAUUGGAAUGAGGUCUUGGACGUGUUGAAAGAAAACGAGUUGAUCACCACAGUGUCUGCUCCUAUCACGCUUCCUGGAUCGGCGGGAGGGUUUUCUAAGCAGGGGAGUUCGCUGAAGCAACGAAGAGUUCUUUCUGUCAAAUACGGUUAUGGUGACUCUGGUAGUGAUUAUUUUGACAAUGGUAUAGCCAUCCUGCAGAAGGGUGAGGGGGGGCAUAUUGUCUUUGAGAAGUUGAAUAAAAACGAGAGGGAGAAAACUUGGGGUGGCCCGAAAAUAGUUUCUGUGAAGAUAUUCAAGAAACCAACUUAUGCUAAUGAGUCUCCACAACUUAUUGGUCAAUCUGAUUCUUAUGGAACUUUACAGAGGGAAAUCAUACAUGAAGACGAAUCCUUUGUUUCAAAAGUGAAAAACUCUAGAUUUUUUAUUUUCGAGAAUGAGCUUUUCUGGCAUUUGAUGAAAGAAGCAGCCGGCUUGAUAACCGUUCAAGUUAAUGUUGUUGAUUCGUGUAUCAAAGUAGAUCUUGUUGGCUGCUACCUACAGUUGGAAGCAUUGAGCAUUGAUUCGGAAGAGGCAAAAACUCCGACACCUCAGCUGCCUGCAAACAACCGUGCAGACCAGAUCAUCAAAUUCUUCCGAAUCCUCUUAUGUGCAAAUAACUACAAAAACAUCCAGAAACUUCGUAUCCCACCCGUGGCAUUAAGCAAGGAAGUUUCUGCUCAAAAAAAUAAACACGGCGUUCUGAUACGUCCUGUCAUAAUGUACACUAAACAUAACCAUAUGAUCGUUCAGUUCAAGGAGUUAUUAAGGUCACUUCUGUUGGAGCUUGGGACGGAUGAUGCAAGGGCUACGGAAAUAAUAGAGAGGGAUUUGAUUGUGAAAAAAUACGUCAAUGAUCCUAACCUGUUACAACAAUUCCAGGAGCUGAAACGAUGCUACAAUAAUGACCCAUUCCUCAGAGUGUACUCGAAAAUGGCUCCGAGUAGCUUACUUAUUUUGAAGAACGGUAAUUUGAAAGUGUGGAUCGAGCUUAGCUCAAGCUAUGCGACGCUUCAUAUUUCGAUGAAUGUCAAGGUGACCAAACUCGAUAGUAAGGAAACCCUCCUUGAGUCGACAUUUAAUGCGAAGGAAGACGUAGAACAAUGCUUAUCGUGGAUCUUAAAACAACAUAAGUAAAUAUCUGAGACAUCUUAUUUACGUUGCAUG